GUAACAUUUUUUUCUUAAUGCUAAAUUCGUGUGUUUUGAGGAUUGCAUUGAAUUAUUACGUAAGUGACAUAUAUCAUGCACUUGAUGUAUUUAUAGUCUCGACGCCAUACGCAUAGGCAUAAGUCGAUGUCGGUUGGUCCGUUCAAAAGUGUUUACCGCAUUGAUUCUAACAGUCACACUGACAAACUCAUCGAUCAAGGCGUAGAACAAUGGGUAUUUUGACAUUUCAUAACGUCAGACCCUAGAAACCCGAUCAAUCAAGCAUAUCAAAAUUCUUACGAGUCUCCGAGGAUCUAAUAAACCCCCACUGAAUCUUCUACUGAGUGCCUUUUCCAGUGACUUCUGUGGAGUACCUGCAAAUGGUUGGCCGACUCGCAGAGAGGCGCUAUCAAUUAGCAGCUCAGAAGCGUAAUGCAACAGAAUUGAAAUUCGAGUAUUACGUACAAGCAGCGAAUUACUUUGAGCGUGAAUGCGGAAAAGCGAGGCAAUUUAAUUCGUGGAACGUUGACAAAGUGAAGCCAACGCACUGGGAUAAUAUCAAAAGAACUGAAUCACUUCACAGACGUCAGAGUCAACUUCAGGAUUUGCUGAGGACUGAGGGUGAGAGUUAUCAGCGUGAAAUUGAUGAAUUAAAAUCACGGAAGGAGUCGCGAAAGGAAUUACGAAAGGAAUCACAAAAGGAAUCACAAAAGGAAUCACAAAAGGAAUUACAAAAGGAAUCACAAAAAGAAUCACAAAAGGAAUCACAAAAGGAAUCACGAGAGGAAUCACGGGAGGAUACAACACUUGAGGUCCUGAGGGAGAAGCUGAGGCAGAGGAGAUCGGAUCAGAGUCUGCACUAUCCGAGUACUUUCCGAAGGAUUCAAUCGUACUUCAGCUAUCCAACCAAGGCAGAGAGUUCGAAAGAAAUAACAUACCCGGGUUCAGCCGUAUCCUCUCGAAAGAGCCUGGAUAACACGAAUCUUCGUGACAAGAUGCAGUCGUCAGAAGAGACACACAGCCCACAGAGAAAGAAGACCGGUAACGAGGACUUUACGAAUCUUAUGGAUCAGGCGAGCUUCAACGUCAGGCACCAGGAGUUCAUGGACAAUCGAGCGGCUUCCACUCGAUCGAAUUUUGGUAUACCUGGACGAAGGGCUCGUGAAGGAAAGAAUGAGAGCGAUAACGAUUCUCCUGGACGAAACUCGGCGUCAUAUGAGCGAUCUGAUCUCCUUGAUCAUGGAUUGAAUGGACAGCAGUCAACGGAGGGAUGGAAUCUGCCCAAAAAAUUUGCUGAGAGAUACGCCAAGAAGAGUCUUCAAGAGACAAAUGUACGUGAGACUGGUGGACCGAUCAUCAAACCGAAUGAGAGGAGCGAAGACAAAACCGAUAGUUCAGGGGAACUCGAUAGUUCAGGGGAGCAUGACAGCUCAGGGGUACCUGAGACCAAUGGCAGUCACGAUAUAUCCCAUGACAAAGAGGAUUACAUCGCCGAAAAGAUGGCGUCCAUCGAGCUCCAUUCUGUAGAUAACCGGGAUGAUAACGAAUCCUGGGUGCCUGAGACACCCACCAAUAUGCUGAUGUAUUUGACUCAUCAAGAGAUGAAGAAGAAGAUUGAGGACUUGGAGAGCAGGGAGCUCAAGGCUAUUCAGAAACAAUCCUGGGAGGAGGCUUUGCGUCUCAAGGACAUGAAGAAUCGACUGGAACUGUUCAGGGAUAAGCAAUUUUACUCGCGGGAGGAUCUCAAGGUCGAUCCUGAGCUCAGGCAAUUGGCCCUGAAGAGCAUUGAGUCACGCAGCAAGCAGCUGGCUAAUCGAGAGCAGUUCUGUGUGCACUCGCAGAUGUACAGCGAGGAGGCUAAGCUGAUGUGGAACGUGUGGGCUGAUGAGGACAAGAAACAUUCCAUCAAAGAUGAAAAAGCUGAGAGGGAUCUUCUGCUGCGUCAACUCGAGGAGGAGUGGGAAUUGCUCCAGCAGGAGGAGAAGGAGAAAAUUUUUUACGAUUACAUGCAGAUAAUGAACAAAUCUUUCACGCAGAAUCAGAUGGAUCUCAUUGCUAAACUUACCAAGCAGAAGUUCUAAUGCUUUUUUUUUAUUUAGGUCAUUUUAGCUCAUCGAGUUUUGAGCUUUUUUGCGCUUUCUCGUUUGAGGGUGAAAGCAUUUUUCAUUCCAUCACGUGCAUCAAUUUUAGAUUCAAGAAAUUUCGACUCAAGACGAAUCCGUCCUUAAGAACUUGUAGGAUAAAACUUGUAGACGACGAUAGUUCAAAUUAGUUGUCAUGUUAAUUGAAUUAAUUGAAGCAUCUGUGCAGCGACAUUUGUCAUUUUUGCUUAAUCUCAAAGGUGAAAUUUUCGAUGUGAACUUUGGAAAUUUCCUGUUUGUCAUUAUCGUUUAUUAUUAUCAAUUUUGAUAUAUUCAUAAAAUUUGAUAGAAAUAAUAUGGAUGUUGUUAGUAUUUGUAAUAACGCAAUACUAUGAUUUUGAUA